UUUCUCACAUCUCACAGUUCUAUAUAUCGGUGAAUGUCUAUUCCACUUGUCUAACUUCUGCAAGUCUGACUUUCUCACUUCUCAAAGUUCUAUAUGUAUGUGGAUACAAUCAUCCUUCUUUCUCAGGUCUCCCUGUUCUAUACUCAUGACGGCAAGCUUUUAAAGCUUAGAAAGAUCACUAAAAUAAACGUCGAAGCUGAUCUAAAUUGAGAAAUUCAGCUCAGACACGAUCUUGGAGAAAUAUGUCACCCGAUCCCAUUGAUGUUCGUGAUCCGGUAAGCAUUCUGCAGCGGAUUGAGAAUGAGCAUGACUGGACGGGUUGUGAAAAAAAUAGAACAAGGGCUGUUAAGACAGAGCUAUGGUUUCUGGGUAUAUUUCUGCGCAUGAAGCCUGACCCGCUGCAAAUGGACAUCAGAAGUUUCAUGGAUGAUGCAGGAGCUCAAUUCCUAUCUGAUUACUACAUCAUCUUGGAUGGAAAAGAGCCUCAUAAUUUUGAUGCUAACUGCUCUAAUGUGCUUGCGAAGAUUCAGCAUUACAAGCAGAGUAGCAGAGCUGAUAUUUCAAAUCUAGAAAUUUCAAGCUCCAGUCCUCUGUCCCACGAACUCUUGGUGGAAUUCACAGAAAACAUUGUUCAUAAUCUUAAGGAUUUGCUGAUUGUUUGCUUUGGUGAACCACCAGCCUUGCGUGCUGAGUUAUUCAGCAUGUAUUCUGAAGUCAAUGAUCAAAUGGAAGUGGUCGAAAAGGAGUUGAGAGCACUCAAGAACUUUGUUGUCUUUGUGGGGAAAAUAUGCAGUGCAGAACUCCAAAGCUGCCGGCAAACUUUCUUGCGUCAUGCUGAACAUGUGGUUACCCUCGUAGCAAUUAUCUUCUUCUUGUAUAUGCCUAACCUCAACGACGGAAAAUCUGUUUCUCUAGAAUUCACUGAUUUGCUUUCUGGUAUGCUGCAAAAGCGGAUCAAGCCUAUUGAGCCACAGGUCCGCAACAUCUAUACUGACGUCCUGAGAGAUUUGAGGUCGUCAAACACUCCUCCUAUGUCCUCAAUUGAACCGGCUGCUGGAUUCAUCAACACUCUUCUACACAUAUCAGACGAGUUAAGAGCGCUUUGUACCUUGAAUAAGGUUCAAACAGAAACCCUCCUUGAGCUGCUUAGCACAUUGAGAAAUAUUCUUGAUGAGCUGGCGUUGACAAUCAACAUUCAGGAUAAGAUGAGGGUCCGUUUUUUCAGACGAGUUGAGACAUUGGUCAUUGAUACUGGAGUUAUUGUUUACUCGUUAUAUGAUAGCACCAAGAGUAAAGAAGAUCGAGACCAAGACCUCCUUCUUUUGGCUGACAAGAUUCAGCUUGUCAAGAAGCAAAUUUACCUCGACAUCCGAGAGGGGGUACAGUCCCAUUUGCCUAAGAAUGAUGUGUUGGGCAUUUUUGUAUUCCUUCUGGACAGCUUGAAGGAGCUUCUUUGUAGCCAUUCUGAUUCGCUUGCUUCUGUGAAGAACCAACUUGAUGUGGUUCUUGAGGAGCUUCAACUUUUCCAACCUUUCCUCAACGGCAUAGCAGAAAAAGGCAAUAAUAAACAUGACGAGCUUCAAAAUCUUGCUAAAAGAAUUACUGAUAAGGCAUAUGAGGUCGAGUACAUAGUUGACUCUUUUGUAGUAGGAGAUAUUCCUCUUACUUAUCUUACAGUAUGGCUUUCAGAAAUAUUAUGGGAGAUCAAGCUUAUUAACAAAGAGUUGCUCAAAUCCUCAGAAAUGAGAAUGAGUGAAAUUGCUUCCCCUGCUGCCAACGAAGAAUUGGUGGGUUUUAACGAUGUGAGGGAAACUAUAGUAGGUCUACUACUAGGAGGAUCACCACAGCUAGAUGUUGUUUCCAUUGUCGGUAUGCCUGGAACCGGUAAAACGACCCUUGCUCGAAGUUUUAUUAAUGAUAGGUCAACUAAGUUUCAUUUCAGUUUUCGAGCAGAAUGUCGUGUUUCCCAGGUAUACACUCGUAGAGACUUGCUGCUUUCCCUUUUGAGUGAUUCUAAUGAUGAGAUUACUGAUCUUAGUAAAUUAGAUGACAACGAUUUAGCUUCUAGACUAAGGAAAGUUCUGUUGAAAAAGGGAAGAUACCUUUUAAUCGUUGAUGAUGUGUGGGAAAACAAUGCAUGGGAUGAUUUAAAACUAUGCUUUCCUGAUGAUAAAAAUGGUAGUAGAAUCAUUCUGACCACCAGACACCAGAAAGUUGCUAAUUACGCUAAAUGCGUUACUGAUCCCCUUAAUUUGCGUUUGUUUAAUAAUGAUGAAAGUUGGCUGUUACUACAAAAAAAGGUGUUUGGGACAGAAAGUCCCGAAGGGCUAAGGCAAGUUGGCCAAGAAAUUGCCAAAAAGUGCGAAGGGCUACCUAUUUCUGUUGUAUUAGUGGCUGGUCUUCUCGCAAGGAUGGAUAAGACAGAACAAUGCUGGAAGCAAAUGGAAUUAAAUUUAGGUGAAAGAAUCCAGGGUAACUCAAAGAUUUUAAUCAAAUUAAGUUACUUUGAUUUACCUUAUAAAUUGAAGCCAUGCUUCUUGUAUUUUGGGGCAUUUUUAGAAGACAGGGAGAUUGUGGUCUCAAAAUUAAUAAAUCUAUGGAUCGCCGAGGGAUUCAUAGAAAACGAGAAGGAGAAGUAUUUGGAGGAUAUUGCAGAAGAUUACCUAGAGGAUCUACUUGGAAGAAACCUCAUCAUGGAAACUAAAAAAAGAUCAAAUGGGAAGAUCAAAGCAUGCCGUGUGCACGAUCUGUUGCUCGAGUUCUGCAAGGAAAAAGCUAAGGAAGAUAAUUUUCUGCUGUGGCUAAAAAGGGAUUACGAUUCCGUCCCUCCACAUUUCUAUUCUGGAAAACCCAUGCAUCGGCGAUUGUCGUUUUGUUCUAAUCAGGAUGAUCUUGCUGGGUGGAGGCCAUCAUGCUCGCACGCUCGUUCAGUAUUAUUCAGGGAGGUCAGUGACAAUACAUUUUCUGUCAUGAAAAAUGCAUCAUACAUAUUUGGCAGCUUCAAGUUUCUUAGGGUGUUGGACUUGGAGUUCGUUGUUGUGGAAUCUUUUCCCACUGAACUUAAUCAUCUACGGUACCUUGCUGUCCAAACUACUGAGGAUUCUAUCCCAUCAUCCAUAGGAAAUCUUUCGAAUCUUCAGACUGUCAUAGUCAAAAGAACUGGAGAUACAGCGGUACACAUACCAGAUACUUUUUGGAAGUUGACUAAGCUGAGACAUGUAAGCAUUGGCGACAGGGCUUCGUUUGAUUUGCAUAGCACUCAAGAAUCCCUUGAUCGGUGCCCCUCAAAACUCGGCAAUUUGACAACACUUUCCUCACCAUAUGUUUCUAGGGCGGAAGAUAUGGAGAGGAUUGUGAGCAGAACACCCAAUCUUCGAAAGUUAAAAUGCAUCUUUGCCGAUUAAUGGAGUUUGGAAAAGAAUGAAAGAUUCCCUGUGUUGGAGUCUAUACCUCGACUUGAAUCGCUAAAAGUGGUCUUCAUCAAUAUUCCAGAUAUCGGUCCUUCAAGAUUGAACUUUCCCCUAAAUCUCAAGAAACUGACAUUAUGCAAAUUUCCUUUGCCACAUGCUGAAAUUUCAACUAUUGCCAACCUUCUCACUCUUGAAGUACUUCAACUUCAAGAAGUUGCCUUUGAAAUGGAUGAAUGGGAAGUGAUUGCUAAUGAGUUCCGUAAGCUCAAAAUCUUGAAACUUGAAAAUCUCAAACUCUCGGAAUGGAGUGUGUCUGAUGAAGCCUUUUGUUGCCUGGAGCGAUUGGUUUUGGUUAGGUGUUUGCAUCUCGAAGAAAUCCCUUCUUGUUUCGAGGACUUGGAAAAAUUGCAAUACAUUGAAGUAAAUUCAUGCAGUGAAUCUGUUGCCAACUCAGCCAGGGAUAUCAGAGACACAAUAGUUGAAUAUGGAUAUAGAUGUGAUUGCAGAGUUCUUAUUUAGCAUUGGAAUAAUGAGGCUGCAAGCCUUCAUCCUUCAAUUCAUUCGUAGUCAAACUACAGGCUUGCAGCUACUGUUUGUCGUUGCAGGUUUUUUAUGGGGUGCUGGUUUAUGAAAGCUGUCGGGUGCAGUUGUUUCUGCUUUGCACUACUUUGUUUCUCUGCUCUAUGAUGUUCUUUAAUUUUGUGGCCUAUGCACUUGUAGUCUUGUCACUUUUCUUUUAUGAAUUAUGUCUUCAUUUCAUUUGAAUGUAUGGAUUGGUGGAACAUCUUGAUCUAUAAUCAGGAUAUGUUGUCACUUCUUUUUUUAGAAUUUAUGACGUUUUCUUUUCCUUUUUUUAUGUUUAGCUUGUUGGUACGAUGUUAUUAAUUUGUCGCUCAGGGUUUUUUUGUA